UCGCGGAACCAACGGAACAAACCCCAUCGCCAUGGCCGCCGCCGCCGCCGCCGCCGCGAGGUCGCGCGCCGCCACCGCCGCCGCGUGGGCUCGCCUGCUCUCCCACCGCCGCGUCGCCGCCGCAGCCGCGUCCGGAUCGCUGCCCCACCUGGCAGGCCCGCGGAUCGCGCCCCAGCGCCGCCACUUCGCCUUCUCCUCCGCCUCCCCCGGCGCCGGCGGCGGGGCGAGGGACAGUGAGCCGCUGUUCACCGAGCAGACCGUCUACGACCUGCUGGCCCAGCUGGAGCGGGAGCGGCAGAAGGAACGCGAGGAUCGGCGCAAGGCCGGGGCCGGCGGCGGCGGCGAGGGGAAGGGGGACGAGGAGGAGGAGGAGGAGGAGGAGGACUUCCUGGGCGUGAAGCCGCUGAUCGAGAAGUUGGAGCGGCGGAACGCCAAGGAGGCCAACCUCCCCGACGAGUCCUUCCUGGAGCCCAGCGACUCCGAGUCCGACGAGGACGACGAGCGCUUCUCCUCCGACUCCAUCCGCCGCCGCGUCGACGAGUUCGACCGCAAGUGCAAGCGCCAGUCCGAGCUCCUCCGCUCCUUUGCCGAGGCCGAGACCCUUGAUGACGCUCACAAGAUCAUGACGAAGAUCGACAAGUUCGAGCAGCGCCAUCUGAGCCUGCCGCUGGAGUACAGGGUCAUCGGGGACAUGAUGAACCGCCUCAAGGACUCCACGGGGAAAGAGCGCUUCAUCCUCCUGCAGAAGCUGAACCGGGCCGUCAGGCUCAUGGAGUGCAAGGAGGCGUACGACCCCAGCAACCCCGCAAACUUCGGGCUUAUCCAGCACCAGCAGGUCGACUCUCCGGACGAUGUGAUUGAUAACACUGGCUUCGACAAGGAGAAGCAGAUGAUCCAAGGAGAGAGCCUCGAGGACGAGGAUGAGGAGUUCAAUGAAGCCAAGGAGAAGGAUGAUAUGCUCAUCGAGAAACUAAAUGCUAUUGAGAAGAAGAUCGAGGAGAAGUUGGCGGACCUGGAUCAUACGUUUGGUAAGAAGGGCAGGGUUUUGGAAGAGGAAAUAAAGGAUCUGGUGGAGGAGAGGAACUCCCUCACGGACAAAAAGAGGAGGCCUAUGUACAGAAAAGGUUUUGAUGUGAAGGUCAUUGAUGUUAACCGGACAUGCAAAGUUACAAAGGGAGGCCAAAUAGCAAAAUACACAGCAUUGUUGGCAACUGGAAACUACCAUGGUGUUGUAGGUUUUGCAAAAGCUAAAGGUCCAACAGCAAAGAUUGCAAUACAGAGGGCCUAUGAGAAAUGCUUCCAGAACCUACAUUACAUGGAGCGGUACGAGGAGCACACAAUUGCUCAUGCGAUUCAGGCCAAAUACGAGAAAACAAAGAUCUACCUCUGGCCCGGACCAAUGAGGAGCGGGAUGUGCGCCGCUGGCAGGACUGUCGAAACUGUGAUGUAUCUAGCCGGGUUUAGCAACGUCAAGUCAAAGAUUAUCGGAUCGAGGAGCCCGCUCAACGUUAUCAAGGCUCUCUUCAUAGCACUAAAUGCCAUUGAAACGCCCAAGGAUGUGGAGCAGAAGUUUGGACGGACUGUUGUGGAGUCGUACUUGUUGUAGCGAGGUAGUCAUCUGUUGUGUUUGUGGAGAUCACGUCAUGUCGGCCCUGCUGGAGUGGCAAGGGAGGACCCAAAGGAGGAGCCGGUGGCAGAUCCGACCGUGAGACCUCUGUUUGCAUCAGUGAUUCCAACUAUUUGUUUGUCCUGCGACCAGUCCCCUGUUAACCGGGUACCGUAAUGUUUUGAUGCGAUCAACGAGUAGUGUAACCAGAUAGCAGGUGGUGUUAUUUACUUGGCAAAGAGAACAAAGGCCAUGUUGGUCGCUGUUUUUUUGGUUUUGUUUCAAGAUAUUCUGCAAUUCUGUCGUGGCCAUCUUAGAUGGAUCCUAGCUUGGUAGAAAGAAUAAAAAUCCUUUGUCUCU